CGGGAUUAAAAUUUUAUUGCAUGACUUUUAAAUUUAAAUUGCUUCCGUUAUCCCCUUAAGUCAAGUUCUUACUAUAAAAUUUAAUUUCCCUCUUUUCUAUGAUUCAGUAAAUUAGCGUAAAGUUUUAUAACAAAGCUAAGGCAACACUUGGCAGUUCUGAGCAUUUUUAUUUUCAUGUGGAGAAUCAAUGCGGAACGAACUGAAACAGUUUUUGUUGUGCUUUUUGUGUUGGAAGAAAUUAUUACAAGAAAAACAAAUAAAUUAAAAAUUAACGUGAAAGGGAUAAAUAUAAAGAUAAAGUGCGGAAGUAAAAAAUAAAGAGCAUUGGCGACAUCAAGAACUGUAGAUUUUUCCGGUCAAGGGGUGCUCUAGACAAGCGCUCGCCAAAACGACAAAAUCGCAAGCGAUAGCGGCUAGCACACAUUGAAAUCGGAAUCAGUUUGCUUGGAUAUCGUAUAUUUCUCGUACGACUAAAUAUUGGUCAUUUACAAUAGUGAAUCACGCAGUAACAAUAACAGUGAGCAAAAAACCAACCGCCAUAAAGAACAACAACAACCGUACUGUUUUAUUGGCAAUUCGGCAUAGCGGCUGUCGAUUCAGGACUAUCAUCAUCGGGUGAAGUACCACAAGGAAGUAGAUUUAAGUGUAAAUAGCGCAUUUAGCGCCAACAAAAUCUCCAGCUACGGGGUGCCAUAGGGCUCUAAGUCCAAUAAUUGCGGUCACAUACCAAGACAGGCAGUUACUCACGCCUAUUUCGGAUUGCAUAUUUGUGCUAAUAAAGCAAAACUCUGAGAGCAAGUAAUAAGCAAAAGAAGGGCUACUAGUCGUAAUAAACUCCCAGGUCGUUGUACUUGCCACACCCGCCGCACAUUUUUCACAAACACUCCACCAAUAAAAUGGGUCAAACACUUUCCGAACCAGUCACAGCCAAAGAGUCUGCGUAUUGCCAAAAUGAAUUGUACCGCGUCGGAUCUAGCUGCAUGCAAGGAUGGCGCAUCAACAUGGAAGAUUCGCACACACACAUACUAUCUCUGCCCGAUGAUCCGGGCACGUCGUUCUUUGCGGUCUAUGAUGGUCAUGGUGGCGCCACAGUUGCUCAAUAUGCCGGCAAACAUCUACACAAAUUCAUACUAAAGCGUCCCGAGUACAAAGAAAACAUUGAAAAGGCGUUAAAACAGGCAUUUCUAGAUAUCGACUAUGAGAUGCUGUACAAUGAGUCAUGGGGCGAACAAAUGGCCGGCUCCACAGCCGUUGUUGUACUUAUCAAGGAUAACCAUUUGUAUUGUGCCAAUGCUGGUGAUUCUCGUGCGAUUGCUUGCAUCAAUGGAGAGGUAGAGACUUUGUCUUUGGACCAUAAGCCAAAUAAUGAGGCGGAGACAAAACGCAUACAUGAGGGUGGCGGCUAUGUGGAGUUCAAUCGUGUAAAUGGCAAUUUAGCGCUAUCACGCGCACUGGGUGAUUUCAUAUUCAAGCGAAAUGCUAAUAAGAAACCUGAGGAACAAAUCGUAACUGCCUAUCCCGAUGUGGAGGCACGUGAAAUAACAUCCGAUUGGGAAUUCAUUGUGUUGGCAUGCGACGGCAUUUGGGACGUAAUGAGCAACAAAGAAGUCAUCGACUUUUGUCGAAAACGUAUCGGCAUGGGCAUGUAUCCGGAAGAGAUUUGCGAAGAAUUGAUGAAUCACUGUCUCGCACCCGAUUGCCAAAUGGGCGGCCUGGGUGGCGACAAUAUGACUGUUGUGCUUGUCUGUUUACUACAGAAUAAACCAUAUGAAGAACUGAUAGCACGCUGCGCUAAAAAUACCAACGUCAAUAGCGGCAGUGGCAACAUAACCACGUCAUCAUCCACGGAUGAGGAUCUCGAUCUAAAAUAACAAAACUCCAUCUUCAAAUUAUUCAACGCUGGCAGAGCAUCAGCAAAAACAGUAACGACAACAACAACAACAACAACAACACCAACAAUAGGAAGCAAUUUGAUGUUAGUAGACAAUGUAAUGACUAUUAUUCGCAAUAAGAAAACUAAUGUUAAUAAUACGAGGAAAACUCCCAACCAACUGAGAAUUGCGACAAGCAUCA